GCGCUGUUAAAAGUAAAAAAAAAAAAAAAUGACGAAAGCGUGUACCUUUCAGUUUAAGCGGGAGAAAAAUAAACACGGCUGCGCGUUUCGGAGACAAAAAAAGUAACUCAAUAAACGACACCGUAUUAUAUCGUCAUCCAAAAUCAAAACAAACCAUCAUCAUCAUCAUAAUUUCAGUUUCAGAAUUCGAUUUCACCUACAAAAAAAAAAUCCGCAACAAAAAAUCACUACUAUUUAACCGAAUCUCUUAUAUCUCUCUCAGUAUUAAGAACUAGAUUCAGUCACAUUUCGUUAGGUGAGAAUUCAACCAUGGCGACGACGAGGUCACCCAAUCGUUCACCAGACGAAACGGCGGAUCCAACGCCGUUAAUCGGAAGUUCAUCUGAUGAGUCAAACUCCGGACGGAGAAUUCUCCGUGCGCCGAGUCUCCAACAAGCAGCGCGGUUUCUGAGACAAGCGAGUGGGCGGAGGUUGAUGCGUGAGCCGUCGAUGAUGGUGAGAGAAACGGCGGCGGAACAAUUGGAAGAGAGACAAAGCGAUUGGGCUUAUUCCAAACCGGUUGUGAUUCUUGAUAUUCUUUGGAAUUUUGCUUUUAUUGUUGCUGCUGUUGCUGUGUUGAUUUUGAGUAUUGAUGAGUCUCCUAGCUCGCCUCUUAGGUUGUGGAUUUCAGGAUAUGCUUUACAGUGUGUUGUUCAUGUUGUGUGUGUUUGUUUCGAGUUUCGGAGACGGAUGCAGGUGCGGGAACAGUUGGUUAUCAACGGUGGUAACGCCGUUGGGGGCGGUAGCGGUGGCAGUGGGGAUUUGGGCUUUGAUUCAAUGGAUGGUUCUGGACAGUAUGUCAAUUUGGAACAGAAUGGAGACGAUGGUUCUACAAGUAGCAUGGCAAAGCAUUUGGAAUCAGCCAACACAAUGUUCUCUUUUAUUUGGUGGGUCAUUGGAUUCUAUUGGGUAUCAGCUGAUGGUCAAGAUUUGAUCCAUGAUUCUCCUAACCUUUACUGGUUAUGUAUUGUCUUCCUGGGUUUUGAUGUUCUCUUUGUCGUUUUCUGUAUUGCGCUGGCAUGCAUCAUUGGUAUUGCUGUUUGCUGUUGUCUUCCGUGUAUCAUUGCGCUUCUGUAUGCAGUUGCAGACCAGGAAGGGGCAACAAAGGAAGACAUUGAGCAGUUGUCAAAAUUCAAAUUCCAAAGAAAAAGUAAGGAGAAGCUUGCUGGUAAUACACAAGGACCUGUUGGAGGAAUAAUGAUUGAAUGUCAAGCUGAUUCCCCAAUUGAACGCGUGCUUGCUGAUGAGGACGCGGAGUGUUGCAUCUGCCUUUCUGCCUAUGAUGACGGGGUUGAACUAAGACAACUUCCUUGCGGUCACCAUUUUCACUGUACCUGUGUGGACAAAUGGCUGCAGAUCAAUGCUACUUGCCCCCUCUGCAAGUAUAACAUCUUGAAAAGUAGCAGACAUGGUGAAGAGGAAGUAUAGGAAAUUGCAGAGAAGUUUUUAGCAGCCCCCGUUGGGGAACUUACAUGCCUCUUGGUUGGCAGUAUAAUAGACCCAGCGUGUUAAUAUACUUCAGUACAGGUCUCUUAGUUGCUGCUGCUGCAGCUGUGUUUGUUUAUCUCAUAGUGAUAGUUAUAUUAUUUAUUCUUCAUUAUGGUGCCUUUUAACUGGUUGUGUAUAUCUGAUCAUUGUACACCGGCAAUAGUUUUCUGGUGGCA